AUGAAAAUCUGCAGGGUGGGACGCGAACAACACCCACGAGAUGACGAAGGGCGCGCUGAGACGGCAGCUCAAGGUCAAGGAUACCCUGGCCGCUUCAGGCCGGAAGAAGAUCUAACGGCAACAGCCGAAGACAUCCAGGAGCUGACGCAAGGAGAAACGCCGCAGGUGCUGUGGCUACGUUCCGAUAAUGAACCCGAGCACGACGUGGACGCAACAGUGUCGCCUGCCAAGCAGGAGGAUUACUCUGCGUUUGCGUGGCCAUCAAAAUCCUCGGCGCAACGGCUGAGGUCACCAGCGAACACCUCGCCUGCGAAUACUUCACCCUCGCGGAGUCCUUCGCCCGCCUACCGUGGAGACGAACAACACGGCUUCUUCCGUACAGAUGGCCCUCGAAGGCGCAACUCUCGUGCGAAGUCUCCACGAACUCUUUAUGUGGGGGACCAUCCAUGGUCACCCUACCCGGCAUCGCCUGUGAAAUUGAAGGGCUGGAGAUAG